AUGGUAGAGAAACGGAAUCAGCUCAGCUUGGCGGGACCUUUUGCAGCCAUACACUGCAUUCUGCACCAAGAAGCACUCUGUGCCAAAAGUCUACAAAUGAAGAACGCGAUGGAUGUUGUCGUGAAGACGGUGAACUUCAUACGUGCACGGGGUCUCAACCACAGACAGUUUGUGUCAUUUCUAGCUGAUUUAGAAACGGAAUACGGAGAGUUGCUGUAUCAUACGGAAGUCAGAUGGUUGAGUCGUGGAAAAGUGAUGCAGAGAUUUUUUGAACUGAGACGGGAAAUAGCAUUGCUCAUAGCAAUGAAAGACAGAGACAUACCUCAGCUCAGUGACCCAAUGUUUUUGUCGGAUCUUGCUUUUCUUACUGACAUCACGCAACAUCUCAAUACACUCAAUUCACAACUACAGGGCUCAAAGCAGCUGAUUACCGUGAUGUUUGACCGCAUCAAAUCAUUCAGAAGCAAGCUGACUUUGUGGGCCACUCAGCUGGCAGAUGGAAACCUGGCUCAUUUCUCUUUUCUACAGACCAUAACGGUUGAACGACAGCACCUGAAAGACUACGUAGACAUCCUCUCCAGACUACUGGAAGAUUUUGAACACCGCUUUCAGCAAUUCACUGCUCUCGAACCACAGUUUUCCCUUGUUGCCACUCUGUUCGCAGUUGAUGUGAAAAACGUUCCAGAGGAAGUCCAGAUGGAACUACUGGACCUGCAGUGUGACACUGUUCUGAAGCAAAAAUACGUUGAUGUUGGAGUUCCAGAUUUCUACCAGUUUCUUCCUAGAGAGAAUUUUCCAAACUUAUUCUGCACAGCUGCUAGAAUUCUAGCGAUGUUUGGGAGUACGUACGUUUGCGAACAGUUUUUCUCCAGAAUGAAGAUCAACAAAACAGCAUUACGAUCAAGACUGACUGAUGAGCAUCUGACAGCAACCUUGCGGCUUGCCACUACACGCGACUUCAGGCCUAACGUCGAUGUCUGGUCUCUGCCAAAAGAUCUCAGCUGA